AUGUCUUCAGAUAAUGAUCAUUUAUUACAAUUUGUAGCAUUUUCUUCAGCAGUUGAGGCAACAUUUUGGCAUAAUUUAUCCACAAGGAAAAUUGAUUUAUACAAAUUAGAUGAUGCACCGCAAACCAUCUUGGGAUAUUAUUCAACAAGUCAUAGAAUAACUUCUUCUCAACAUACCUCUAGCAAUAAUAACGCUGAAUCAAAUGUUUAUAUUCCGGCUCGCUUAUGUCUUGGAACUGGAGCUUUUGAAGAAGAAUUGAAUGAAGACAAAGAUGAUGAUAAAAAAUAUCUUUCUUUUUCACGUUUGCCUCCAUAUUCUUAUCCUUCAAUUGGUAUAAUAAAAAAUACCAACACAAUUGAAGAAUUUAAACAAUUGGAUAAAAAUUCUUUGUUCAAAGAGACUGCAGAACAAAUUUGGAAAGAUAUAAUUUCUGGUGAAGCAGUAAAAAAUCCAUAUCUUCUCACGAGAUUUCUAGUUAUAACUUAUGCUGAUUUAAAAAAAUACAAGUAUCACUAUUGGUUUGGAUUUCCUGCUUUAUUAACUGAACCACCAUGGGUUAUUUCUAAUAAUGGAAAAGUUGAUAGCAUUGAUCAAGUUUGGGAGCAACAACAAUAUGCUGGAAAUGUAGGAUUUUUCCUUGUUAAAAAACUUGACAACAAAGAAAUUGUAAUUGGUAGUUUAUCAGAUUGGAAUAGUUUCUAUAAAGAAUAUGAUGAAAAUGAGAGGAUGAUUGGAUUUGCUGAUCCAUCAGGUUUACCAACAAACCCUGGAUGGCCGUUACGUAAUUUAUUGGUUCUAGCACGCUAUCAAUGGAAUAUUAAUAAAAUAAAGGUUUUAUGUUAUAGAGAAGUUCCAGGGAAAAAAGAUAUUUCACAAACUCGCAUUCUGACAGUUGAAAUACCCGACACUGCAAAAAUUCUUGAUGCAUGUCCAAAAUCUGUUGGUUGGGAAAAAAACCCACAAGGAAAACUUGGUCAUCGAAUAGCAGAUUUAGCUCCUUUAAUGGAUCCUGAAAGGUUGGCUGAUACAUCUGUCGAUCUUAAUUUAAAAUUAAUGAGAUGGAGGAUUGUACCUGAUUUACAAUUGGAAAAAAUUCGCGAUACAAAAUGUUUAUUACUUGGUUCCGGAACGCUUGGUUGUUAUGGAUGGGGUAUUCGACAUAUAACUUUUGUUGACAAUUCACGUGUUUCUUUUUCAAAUCCUGUUCGGCAACCAUUAUUUUCGUUUGAAGAUUGUCUUGAUGGCGGAAAACCAAAAGCUAAAACUGCUGCUGAAAAUCUAAAAAAAAUUUAUCCUGGCGUUAUUUCAGAAGGUCACAAUAUUAAUAUUCCAAUGCCUGGACACCCAAUAGUUUCAGAGUCACAAACUAAAAAAGAUGUUGAGAAAUUAGUGCAAUUGUUUGAAAAUCAUGAUGUUAUAUUUUUAUUAAUGGAUAGUAGAGAAUCAAGAUGGUUGCCUACUUUAUUAGGUGCUACUAUGCGUAAGCUUGUUAUAAAUGCAGCUUUAGGAUUUGAUAGUUAUGUUGUAAUGAGACAUGGCGUUAAAGAUGAUUCAUUGACAUCUGAAAAAUCAACUUCUGAUGUUGCUGCUAGUAGUAGUAAAAUGCCAAUGGUCAAACAACUUGGGUGUUAUUAUUGUAAUGACAUUGUUUCACCAAAAGAUUCGCUUAAAGAUCGUACGCUAGAUCAACAAUGCACUGUGACCCGACCUGGUUUGUCAGCUAUUGCUAGUGCCAUGGCUGUUGAAUUAAUGGUGUCUGUACUUCAUCAUGAAAAAGGAGCUGCAGCACCUGCAGAUACAAGUAGUAAUCAAGAUGAUGCAAGCAAUUCUAGAUCAACACCAUUAAGCAUUAUUCCGCAUCAAAUGCGCGGAUUCCUUACAAAUUUUAGCAACAUGAUAAUAGUUGGUCAGGCAUACGAUUGUUGUACUGCUUGUUCUGAUAAAGUGAUAAACGAAUAUAAAGCUAAUGGUUUUGAAUUUCUUCGACGUGCAUUUGAUGAGCCCAAUUACCUUGAGGACUUGGCUGGUCUAACUAAAUUACAUGAGGCCAGUGAAGUGCCCGGUGAUUUUGUUUGGGAUGAUAGUGAUGAGAUGGAAGUAUAA